GGCCUUGGUCUUGCUUGGCUUGGUGAUGGCGGAUGGCGAUGGGGAUUGUGUUGGUCUUGCUUGGUUUGGUGAUGGCGAUGGCAAUGGAGAUGGAGAUGGGGAUGGCGAUGGCGAUGAUGUUGGUCUUGGUCUUGCUUGGCUUGGGGAUGGGGAUGGGGAUGGGGAUUGUGUUGGUCUUGCUUGGUAUUGUUGUUGUUGUGGUCUUGGUAUUCUUGUUAAUGCUGGUCCUUCUUGUGAAAUGGGAAAUGGUCUUGAUGUUGGUUCUGAUUGUUGUGGGGUUAUAAUUAAUAAAUUAGUUUUUUUAAUUUGGCAUGAAAUAAAUUAUAAAAAUUAA